AUGAACUCGGAUCAGAGAAGCCACUUCUUCGCGAACCGACAAGCCGCCCGGCCCCUUCAUGUCAUUAUCGUCGGGGCCGGUAUGGCCGGCCUGACCGCUGGGCUCGGUCUCCAGCUCACAGGCCACCGAGUUACAAUCCUGGAGCAGGUCCCGAGAUUCCAAGAAACCGGGGCAGGCAUACAGAUAGCCCCCAACGCGGCCAGGGUCCUCGACAGGUUCGGCGUGCUCGCCGACGUCUUGAAAGAUGCGGACAUGCUGGAGCGGAUAUCUCAAAGGCGGUACGCAGACGACCAAGAGCUGGGCUCAGCACCAGUCAUGCCAAGUGCCGGACGCCGGUACGGAGCACCCGUCUUUGUCAUUCACCGGGGGGAUCUGCAGAGGAUUCUCGUGUUGGCGGCCAAGCGCGCUGGCUGCCAGAUCAAGACGGGCCAGAAAGUGAUGCGCGUCGACACCACCGGUGCGCCGCGGGUGCAGACCGCAGACGACACCUGGCACCACGGAGACCUGGUCCUGGGGGCCGACGGGAUCCGGUCGGCCGUCCGAGGCCACGUAGCAGCCGCACAGGGCCACAGUGAGCGGCUCACGCCGACCGGGGAGGCCGCGUACAGGAUGCUCAUCCCCAGGGACAAGCUGGCGACGCACGAGAAGCUCCUCAAGCUCCUCAACCAGAACGUCGCCGUGCGAUGGAUAGGACCCGGUGGCCACGCCAUGGGCUACCCCAUCAGACACCACUCGGCGUACAACCUGGUGAUACUCCACCCGGCCGGUCCUGUCCCACCAGCAAGCGACGGCCGGCAGGGUGUCUGGACCGUCCAGAGAGACAAGGCCGAGGUCGUCGACUUUUGCCGAGGCUGGUCCCCCCUGAUGCAGGAGCUGCUGUCGUGCGUGCCCGACGGCGAGCUGACCGAGUGGAUGCUGUACACCCACGCACCCCUGAAGCACUGGGCCAAGGACCGGGCGGCCCUCAUCGGCGACGCCUGCCACCCCAUGCUGCCGUACACGGCCCAGGGCGCCGCCAACGCCAUCGAGGACGCCGGGGCGCUCGUCACGGCCCUGACCUGCACCGGCAGCGUCGGCCUCGCCCUGGCCGUCUACCAGGAGGCCAGGCAGGCAAGGUGCGACAAGAUGCAGGCCGGCACCGCCGCCGUGGGCACGAGCCUCCACCUGCCGGACGGGGAGGAGCAGAGGCGGCGUGACGACGCCAUCCGGCGCGCCACGGCUGGCUUCGAGCAGGGCCUCCAACGCAACCCGGACCUGUGGGCAGACCGGCCCUGGCAGGACUUUAUGUGGGGGGUUGACGUGAUGAAGGACAUGGCCGGCGGUUGGGACGACCUGAUGGCCAGGGCCAGGGCUCGGCACGUUGGCCCUUCCUACUGCUGCUGCUGUUGCUUCGUCGAGCAACGCGAGGAUGAGAGCGCCUGCCAGCCUCGCGGGCCGCUUUGCAGGCAAAGGAGAAGGGCCACCAAGGCCGUUGUGGCGAAGCGGGCGCUCUCGUGA